GUACAGCUCGUCGCCCAAGCCCAAGUCAUGCCUAGUGCAGCGCGGGGAGAACGGCGGGGCGGUGACGCUGGGCCACCACGCGCACGGCGGCCCCUCCAUGCACCAGCGCAACCACCACCACGAGUCCGCCAUACCCAAGAUGACGCACCAGCACCGACCUGGCAGAGUGAGGAGCAGCCGGGGCGUGGUGAAGCGAGGGUCCCUCGGCCACUCCUCGUCCCAUGAGGAUUCCUCCCCGCACGCCUCCCCGCAUCCUUCACCGCUCAUCUGCGGGAGCUCGAGACCUGUUGCUCAGACGCCUGCCACACACCAGUGCCAACACAUGAAGGAGUUUGGUCCUCCGCCGUCCAGCGAUGACCGCAUCACCCUGGUGGUGGAGGGCACGCGGUUCAUCGUCGACCCUGCCAUCUUCACGGCCCACCCCAAUACCAUGCUAGGGAGGAUGUUUUCAUCUGGUCUUGAAUUUACUCAUCCCAAUGAGAGGGGUGAAUAUGAAGUAGCCGAAGGGUUUUCUUCUGCAGUGUUCCGUGCAGUGUUAGACUAUUACAAGACGGGUGUUGUCCGCUGUCCGCCAUCCGUGAGUGUGCAAGAGCUUCGGGAAGCAUGUGACUACCUUCUCAUUCCCUUUGAUGCAAACACCAUCAAAUGCCAGAAUUUGCGUGGACUGCUACACGAAUUGAGCAAUGAAGGUGCACGGCAACAGUUUGAGGUGUUCCUAGAGGAGCACAUCCUGCCGCUGAUGGUCCUUGCCGCCCAGCGUGGUGACCGCGAGUGCCACAUUGUGAUCCUGCUCGAUGACGACACGGUGGAAUGGGAUGACGACUACCCGCCGCAGAUGGGAGAAGAAUAUAGUCAGACUGUUUGCUCGACAGCUAUGUAUCGAUUUUUCAAAUACAUUGAGAAUAGAGACGUUGCCAAGCAGGUGCUGAAGGAGAGAGGACUGAAGAAGAUUCGGCUGGGUAUUGAAGGUUACCCAACUUAUAAGGAAAAGAUUAAGAAAAGACCAGGUGGCAGAGCUGAAGUAAUCUACAACUAUGUGCAACGACCAUUUAUCCGCAUGUCAUGGGAGAAGGAAGAGGCCAAAAGUAGACAUGUGGACUUUCAGUGUGUGAAAAGCAAAUCUGUAACAGACCUAGCAGAAGCCACGGCUGACCCAGCCCUGGACCGCGUUGUGACCCUCGACCCACCCCCUGUUGCCAUGGGACAGGAGGCCCCCCCAGAACAGUUACCUCCCCUUGAGGGAGCUGUAGGUGGAGGGGAAGGACAUCAGGAUGAAGGGGCCAUUGGUGGAGCUGUGGGAGGGGCUGUAGUAGGAGGCCAUGCACCACCUCAACCAGCCAACGAACCAUAUCCUGAGCUGACUCUGCAUGCACCCUGACGUGUUGUUCGGUAUGGCACUGGGAGCUCUCAAUGUCAUUAGGUGAGCGGAGGCCAUGAGGAGGUAGCCUGAAGGGGAGCAAACAUAGCAAAGAGAUCCAUCAUCUCGGCUGCUCCUGCACCAGUGCCGCCUUUGUUGUGGAGGUCCUUUCUCCCUCGCAUUCCUGCUGCCUCAAGCUCCUUUGCUGCCAGUGCACCUCUUCUUCACCGUGAUGCCUCGCCACAGAACCCCCAGAGUGAUGCCAGCACCAGCUUCUGGUCAUGCCUGUUUUGUGGGUGUUUGAUUGACAAACUACCGGCUUACAAGGAUAUGCUGUUUAGGAAAUCCUAUGAGAGAUUUUAAGAAGUGAGCUUUCAGAGUUAAGCAUGGGAUAUGUAAAUUUGUGGGUGUUAUGUAUAUAUAUACAGGGACUUAGUUUUGAAUCUUGUUCUAGUAAGGCUAAGCUUUGAUACUCAUUUCAUAUGGAAAUAAGAAGUUGUGGAAUGCAUAGGUCCUUUGAAACUUUCCACUGUUGUAUGUUAAUGUAUUGAAAGUGAGGUAUUAAUGCAUUUCUGAAACAUUGUGCAGCUACAGUUGAAUAGCUUCAUUUUUUUGUAUUAUGUUUGCCCAUGUACCAUUACAAGUGUUGUCCUACAUACGAACAAUAAUGCUUAGUUUCCUCUUGUAAUAGUCAUGUUCAACACCAUGACCUGCCAUUGCCUUAUGAAAUAUUAUGUAUCAAAUAUUAUCCAUAAUGGUUGGGUGCUUUUGGUAAAAAUCAUGCAUGCAAGAUGAUCUUUGUUCUUCACGCAAGUAUAGUUCAUACUAGACCAUGUUAUACAGAUGAAAGAGAUAAGAUCCUUCUUCUAAUGCCAUUGUAUUUCUGCCAUGUAUGAUUUUUUCUAUUUUACUCUUUCUAUCUCUCCCUUUCCAAUAUAAAUGUACAUAUAUAUUGAAAGGCAAAGUGAUGCUCAUAAUAUCUCUGUUUUCUUUCUAUUCUUUACUCUUCUUGGCAUUUAGUGAAUAGGGUAUCUUCUAUUUUCCAAAUAUACACACAAUAACUGAUUUCACAAACUACGUUAUUUUUUUAGGUGUUAUUCAUGUGAAAGUAGCAUCAGCCUUUCUGUAAGCAUUUGCUUUUGAUGCUAAUGAUAAACCAUUAUUUACCCUUUCUCAUAAUGUCGUGUGAUUACAGUAUUACAAAAAAAGGCUCAAAAAUAAGCUCAGCUAAUCAUAGGUUACUAUUAUUUACAAGGUUCUUUCACCAGAAUGUAAUUUUGGUUGAGUCACAUAUCAAGGUGAAGAUUUUUAUGCAAAAUUUUUCCCUUGGGAUGUGUCUCAUCAGGUGUUAUUGGUUCCUACCAUAUCCUUUUUUUUAUCCUUGGGUGUUUUCCUUCAGUUGGUUAUAUUUUUAAUCAUCAUCUUUUGUUAAUCCUCCUUUACAUCCUUCUCCCUCAUCUCUCUUCCCUUCUCACUUCCCCUACUUCUUCCCUCCUUCAUCCUUCCUCUUCCUUCUUCCUCCCUCUUCUUCCCUCUGUCCUCU